AUGUUUUGUGAAGAAUUUAGAGAAAAUGGGAUAUCUGAUGAUGCAAAAGAUUUUAUUUCUCGUCUUUUAAUUGUUGAAAAAGAGAAAAGAAUUCUCCCAGAUGAAUGUCUCAGGCAUUGUUGGCUACUCAAAAACAGAGAAAGAGCAGCAUUGGCUGGCGCAGCUAGUCGUGCAAUAAGUCCAGCAUUAUUACCUUGUGAACAACAAAAACCUUUGGCAGUUGGAAAAUUGCGUAGCUAUGUGAAAAAUAAGAAAUUUAGGCGGCUAGUUUUUGGUGUGCUUUUUGUUAAUUCGGUUAUGAGAAUGUUGAGAACUUUGCAGCAAAAUAAGAGUAGUCAUGGAAUUGAUUAUGUUAAGAAUAUGUUAGCUGUUGCUGAAUGUUGUCCAGAACGUCAAGAUGAAAGCAGCUUGUUAUUAAAAGCAUUUACUAAAAAGAGGGGAGAACCAACUGAAACAAAUGGUCAACAACAAAAGGAGGAAAUUAAAAUUGUUAAAGAAAAGGAAGAAAAGCAACAGCAACCACAAACUCCUUCAACAACUCGUAGAAAGGUUAGAAAAGAAAAGGAACGUAAUGGAGAAGAUUUGGCAAAGAAAAGGAGUAAAUCAGAAGCAAGACGUGCUGUUGAUCAGCAAAGAACUAGAUCGAGUACUGAACAUACAUCAACUAAAAAACAACGACAGGAUAAUGAACAGGAAAAGGAAGGGGAAGGAGGGAAUAUUAAGAAAAUAAGCAAAUCGUCUAUUUCUAAAUUUGGAUUAAAUGAAGAGAAAAAUCAGAAACUAAAAACAGAAGAAAAACAAAAUAAAACUAAAAAUAAAUCACCCCAACCAGCAACAAAAAAUUUUGGAAUUAAUGUAAUGAAGUUAGCUCAAAAUUUGGAAGAAGUUCCAAAACAACAAAUAAAUGCCCUUACAAAAAUUAAACAGCAACAACAACAAGAAGAAGAGAAUCAUCAACAACAAGCUUCUCCUAAAAAUUCUUUUGUCACCACUAACAUUUGCUGUAGCAGCUAUACCAUUAAAGAAGGAAAACAAUUUAAUUGA